AUGGAUAUGAAGAACAGCUCAAUGAUAUCUGAGUUUGUUUUGUUAGGACUCACCAGCAAUUGGCCACUUGAUAUCUUCUUCUUUUUCAUGUUUCUGUUGGCCUAUGCAGCAAUUUUGGGUGGAAAUAUUUUAAUUGUGAUCACUAUAACCUUUGACACUCACCUUCAUUCCACACCGAUGUACUUCCUCCUUGGAAAUCUCUCCUUUCUUGAUAUGUCUCUUUCCACCAUCACAACUCCUCAGAUGAUCAUAGACUUCCUCAGGGAGAACAAAACUAUUUCCUUGUGGGGCUGCAUGGCUCAGAUGUUCUUCCUCCACUUCUUAGGGGGCAGCGAGAUGACUCUGCUCAUAGUCAUGGCCGUGGAUCGCUACGUUGCAAUAUGCAGACCUCUGCACUACACAGCCAUCAUGAACCGCAGGGUGCUGCUGGGCUCUGUGCUGCUGUCGUGGGCGGUUGGCUUUGUGCACACCAUGAGCCAGAUGGUUUUCAUGGCCACUUUGCCCUUCUGCGGCCCCAAUGUGGUCGACAACAUAUUCUGUGACCUCCCCCUAGUGAUAAAGCUUGCCUGCACUGAGACCUAUGUGCUGGAGUUGCUGGUCAUCGCCGACAGUGGACUUCUGUCUUUCAUCUGCUUCGUGCUCUUGCUCGUUUCCUACACUGUCAUCCUGGUGACCGUGCGACGUCGAUCCUCAGGUGGACUCUCCAAGGCGCUGUCCACACUGUCUGCUCAUAUCACAGUGGUCACUCUGUUCUUCGGGCCAUGCAUCUUCAUUUAUGCUUGGCCAUUCAGUAGCUUUUCAGUGGAUAAGUUUCUUUCUGUGUUUUAUUCUGUUAUCACUCCCUUGCUGAAUCCAGUUAUUUACACUCUGAGGAAUCAAGAGAUGAAAUCAGCCAUGAGCCGACUGAGGACUCAACACAUCAGCUCCAGACAGAUCUAG